AUGGUGACAUCGCAGCUUUGCCUUCCCUCCCAUACAAUUCCAAGCUGUCAUCUAACACUAUUGACAUCAGAGCGUGUCCGCCGCAACAAAACACUUCCAUUCAAGAAGCUUCAUUCAAGCUUGUUCCAAUCCAAUUCACACCAGCAACACACUACUACUGAUCAGAGCGUAGCAGCCAUUAUAUUUGGGGAUGGAUCGGAUUCAAAAUCUCAGCUUUAUCCGUUGACAAAGAGAAGAUCAGAAGGCGCCAUUCCUAUCGCAGCAAACUAUAGACUUAUCGACGCAGUAGUCAGCAACUGCAUAAACAGCAACAUAUAUAACAUAUAUGCUCUCACCCAAUUCAACUCCACCUCUCUCAAUUCCCACCUUUGCAAAGCCUACUCUGGAAUGGGUCUCCGGCGUGACGGCCUUCUCCAAGUCAUUGCUGCCUAUCAGAGCCCUGAUCACCACAACAGAUGGUUUCAGGGAAGUGCAGAUGCCGUUAGAAAAUGCCUGUGGGCAAUGGAAGAGCAUCCGGUGAGGGAGUUUCUGGUACUCCCAGGCCACCAUCUCUACAGAAUGGACUACCGACAACUCAUCAGUGCCCACCGCAACGCCAACGCUGACAUUACUAUUGCAGCCUCAACUGCUGCUGCCGCAACUCAUGACCCCAGCUUUGGGUUUCUUGAAUUCGAUUCUUCAAAUAAAGUUUUAGCGUUUAGGUUCAACUCCGAGGUAAUCAAUUGCUUCAGUAACAAAUUUAGAAAUUGUGGUUCUCAUGGCUCGGCGAGCAUGGGAAUCUAUCUGAUCAACAAGGAUGUAAUGAAAAGGCUCUUGGAAGAUUACUUUCCGAACGCAAAUGACUUCACGAGUGAAGUGAUUCCAGGAGCAGUGUCUGUUGGGAUGAAGGUUCAGGCGUAUGUAUUUGGUGGAUAUUGGGAGGACAUGAGGAGCAUUGGAGCAUUCUACAGAGCAAAUAUGGAAACCACAAAGGAGGACAAUAUGGGAUAUAACUUCUUCGACAGAGUAAUGCCGGUGUACACAAUGCCUCGCUGCCUGCCUCCGACUCUCAUAAGCGACGCGCUUAUCACAGAUAGCCUCAUUGGGGACGGUUGCAUCAUCGGUAGGUGCAGCGUCAGAAGUGCAGUGAUCGGCAUGAGGACACGAAUUGGAGACGGUGUUGUCAUUGAGGACUCGGUCAUCUUCGGCUCUGAUAUCUAUGAGUCAGAAGAAGAUAUUGUCGAAGUUGAGAGGAUUAUGAGGAACGGAGAUGAGGAGAGGAAGCAAAGGGACAUGAUUCCAAUAGGAAUAGGACAGCAUACUCGAAUAAGGAAAGCUAUUGUAGAUAAGAACGCAAGGAUUGGCAAAAACGUUAUGAUCAUAAAUAAAGACAAGGUGGAAGAAGGAGAAGCAAAGUGUUAUGUGAUCAGAGAGGGAAUAGUGGUUCUUCUCCGUGGUGCAGUCAUUCCAGAUGCCACCAUUCUCUGAUUCUCAAUCUUAUUUAUACAACAUGUUUUUAUUUAUUCAUUUUUUUUGUAUAAAUAUAAUUCUUCUCUGA